CCAUCACCAAGCGAUUCAAGCCAAUGAGUGUUGUAUGUUUUGCCUGUCUUCUUUCUCUGAAUCUCCGCCUUUGGCGCGAGGAAACCAUGGACCAUUUGUUCAUCCCUCAUUCGGACAAUGCAUGGACAAUAGAAGGUCUGAAACCCAGUAACUAAGACAGUUCAUGGUAUUGCACUAACUCACUAAAUCCAAACAACAUCGUUUUCCCUUUCCUUUUCACUACCAAUCAAAACCUCUGUUGCAUUUAUAACACCACAAACAAAUAAAAUGUGCUAAAAAAAAAUCUUCUGCAACUUCCACCUUUCUAAUUACAGUAACAAUGGUGGUGGUUGCAACAAUCUCUCAACUGUCCCUACAAUUCCCACCAAAACAUACCCAAUUCAAACCCAUUUACCCACCAAAACCCAGGUCCCAAGUUUUCUGUUGCUUGUCAAUUGACCCUCCAACACUUGAAUCUUCCAAUGUAGAGGAGAGAAAGGGGAAGCAAUUAAGAGUUGUUUUUGCCGCCGGCGGAGCUGGGGGGCAGAUAUUCCCUGCUGUAGCAAUUGCAGAUGAGAUCAGGAUUAUAAACCCAGAUGCACAAAUUCUAUUUAUUGGUACUGAUGCAGGGAUGGAGAGCACGGCGGUGCCGGCUUCCGGAUACGAAUUUUCCGCCAUACCCGCCACCCCAUUAAGCCGGCCGAUUUUAUCUGUAAACAAUUUGAGUAUUCCUUUGAAAUGGGUGAAGUCAAUGGCUGCAAGUUGGAAGAUAAUGAAAGAUUUCAAACCCGAAAUUGUGGUUGGAACUGGGGGUUAUGUGUCUUUCCCAAUUUGCCUAAUUGCUGCUAUUAAAGGGUUGAGAAUGGUGAUCCAAGAACAAAGCUCCAUUCCUGGGUUGGCCAAUUGGUUUCUUUCCCUUGUUGCUGAUUUAGUUUUUGUAGCUUAUAAUUCAUCUGUUGACCGGUUUCCUACUGACAAGAAGAAGAUUGUGGUGAGUGGGAAUCCGGUUAGGUUGUUAAUAAAGAAGUUUGUGUCAAAAGCCGUGGCAAGGACGUAUUUUUUCCCUAGGUUGGCUAAGGUAUCAGAAUCGGAGGCGGUGGUGCUGCUGGUGCUUGGGGGAUCCUUUGGGGCUAAUUCUAUGAACAUUGCUCUAUUCAAUAUUUAUUUUCAGAUGUUGGAGCAGCGGCCAAAUUUGCAUAUAAUUUGGGAGACUGGUGUUGAAUCAUUCAAUGAGAUGGAGAGCCUUGUUCGAAACCAUCCUCGAUUGGUAUUGGCACCGUUUUUGCGUUCUAUGGACAUGGGAUAUGGAGCUGCAGAUCUUAUUGUUUCUAGGGCUGGAUCGAUGACUUGUACUGAACUACUAGUUACAGGGAAACCUGCCAUCCUGAUCCCAUCUCCAAAUGAUGCAGAAGGACAUCAAUUUCAAAAUGCAUCUUUAAUGGCAGAUUUAGCUGGUUCAAGAAUUCUAACUGAAGAUGAACUUGACUCAACAACGCUACGAAAUGCGAUCACGGACAUUAUUGAUAAUGAUGUGCUCAUGUCAGCAAUGUCAGAUAGAGCAUUACAGGCCGCAAAGCCAAAUGCUGGUGAAGAGAUUGCUGAGCGUGUGAUUGCUUUGGUUGAAUCAUCAUCUGUGAAAGCAUGAGAAAACCACACUUAGGCUACAACAGAAACCGGGUAACAUUACGCUCUUGGCAAAGUCAUGCGCGAGUAUCAGUGCUUUUGGCAAAUUCUGUCCACAUAUGAAGUUGCGUAUAGGAUGGACACGAAAUGAAGCAGGGCAUUUCUUUCCUGUGGCGUUUAACUCGACUACAGGAUACAUGCUUCAGACCACUGUUACUUCAGCAGCUACUUUGAAAGACAAUCCCUGUGAUAGAAAAAUAGAGAAAAAGAGGGUUGUGCAUAAGACAUUUUACCUCUAUACUCCUAUGAAUUUACCAGUCAGUUGAAAUAAAUAUCAGCCCAUUUUCAAAA